ACCAACUGAAAUUCCUUUAAAACCGGGCAAAAGAGUCCACCGUCUCUACUGCUGUACAACAAUUGGCUGCGAGCAGCGUCGCUCAAACGACAAAUCCUCUCAAGUCCCGACUUCCUCCUCUGCUCUUUGCGUGGGCGACGCUGCGCGGUACCGUCUCCACAACCCCUCUCUACUCCCUCCCACGCACCCUCCUGCCCUUGACUCUUACGGAUCGUAGGAGGAGAGAGAGGAGAAGACGUAAUCUGUUCCUGUUUUGAGGUUGCAGCGGCCGAUAUCUGUGUGUUUCCGCUCCAUCCUUCCGGACUGUUUCUCCAUGCCCGUGCCGCAGCUCAGAUGGGGGGAGACUUAAGUGCAGCAGCGGUUGUCUGGCACGUUAACGCGCGCGGAAGGUCUCUCUGGCGGGCCAUCCCGAACACGGGAUGCUGAACGGGAGCCGCGAGGGUUUGUUUGAACUGGGCAGGCAGCUCCAGCAGGAAGGAGACUCUCAAGCUGCUCUGCACUGCUUUUUGAGCUGCCUGCUGGGACUCACACAUGUGCAGAGCUUCCACUCGCUUCCCAACUGCCUGCAUCAGAUCGCUGAACUCUACAUUGAUGACAAAAACUAUGGGAAAGCUCUGCAGUUCAUUCAAGCGGAGAAGAUGUUCUACGAAGUGGCAUUGAUCGAGCUCACCUCGCUGCAGGCCAGCACAGGGUCUCAGGAAGACGGAACAUUGGGAACGUCAGGAUGUCUGUCUCAAGAGGAGUUAUCAGAACAGGCUUCACAGGCCCAGGAUCUUGAGAGACUGGCUCAGCUCUGCAUCAUGAGCAAAAGACCCCACCUUGCUUUAGAAUACAGUGGCAAGGCCACAAAAAUCCACCAAAGGGCUUUUGGUAACGAUCACCCCAUCACAGCCCGGAGUCUGGAGCUGCUAGCCACUGUCUAUGCAGAGAUCGGCAAAACAGAAUAUACAAAUUCUUUGGGAGAGUGUGUGUCGACUCUUUCCAAAAGGUUCUCAGCCACCGAGUCAUUCAGCGAUGCUCUGAGUAGCAUCUCUCAUAGCCAUAAGGACAGACACUCUGAACUGCGACACAGAAAAGAGCCAUACAUACAACAGGAAACUCCUAAAACGAAGGUCAUAAAUGAAAAACUGCCCACCUCUAUUCUGAAAAGGUCCAACGUGAGCAAUGUGGAGUCAGACUCAUCGCGCAAGCGAAAAACCGAGAGGCGGGUUCGCUUCAGAGAGCCCGAGAUCACUGUUCAUGACAUUCCGUACUAUGACUGUUUAGGAGUCUACGACACUCCCCAGAGCCGUCUGCAUCUGGCCCUGCUCACCUGUCUGUUCCUGCUUCUGUCUGCGCUGGGUCUAGCACUGUACUGCACGGACCGCCGGAGACCCCAGCGCGCCUGUGAAGAGCUGCAGACGGCACUGGCUGUGUACCUGCUUCAGUUCAAACAGAUUGUUUGGGCCUGCUGGAUCUGGUUGACCAUGCAAUGACCAUAACUGACCACAUGGGGCAGCAACGGGCAGGGGAAAAAAACAUAAAAGGUCAGGAUGUUUUUUGAAGGACUGUGGAGGAAAUGAAAGAUAAAGGUCCUCUUGUUUUAUUUAUUGCUUUAUUUUCACUGUUAUAAUCAGACUGGCCACCAGUCAAAUUUUCUGAGGAUGUUCAACAUCCACUUCUUUUAUUUUGUGGAUGAUUAAAGGCCAUGUGCUUUUCCACACCAUUAAGGGAUGGUGUGCCUUUUUGCCCUUUAUGGUGGCAUAGCUAAUAAUAUUUAGAUCUCUGUAUGUAGCUCUUUUUCCUCGUAUAGUGGUUCUGGAUGGUAUGUUUUAAAGGAAUUGUUCACCAAAAAUGAAAAUUUGCUGAAAAUGUACUCAUCCUAAAGCCAUCCAAUAUGUAGAUGAGUUUGUUUCUUUAUCAGAACAGAUUUAGAGAAAUUUAGCAUAACAUCACUUGCUCACCAGUGGAUCCUCUGUAGUAAAUGGGUGCCAUCAGAAUGAGAGUGAAAAAAAUAUCAUAAUGAUAUAAAAGUAUUCCACACAUUCUGUGAAGCAAAAAGCUGAGGUUGUGAGAAACAAAUCCAUUGUUAAGGCGUUUUAAACUUUAAACCCUUUUACUUGUGAAUUACUGUGAUGUUUUUAUCAGCUCUUUGGACUCUCAUUCCGACGGCACCCAUUCACUGCAGAGGAUCCAUUGAUGUACAAGUUACGUAAUGCUAAAUAUCUCCAAAUCUGUUCCAGUGAAUAAACAAACUCAUAUAGAUCUUGAUUAGCCUGAGGUUGAGUACAUUUUCAGUACAUUUUUAUUUUGGGCUGAAUUUUUACAACCUUUAAAGCAUCUUUUGGUCCUUUUCCAAAGAAUACUUGUGCAGCAAUAUUAAUUAAAACCUUUAGCACUCAGAAUUAUACAAGACUGUCGAGAGAGAAAACGAAUGAAUGAAUUCCGUCCACAGGUAGAGCCCGACUGAUAUAUUAAUAGGUCAGUAUUAUCAGUCAAAUUAGGCAUGCAAGACAUUAAAUACCUUUACAGGUCUCUAAUAAGCAAUAUGAAAAAGAGCCACAUGUAACGGUGAGUACAUGCAUAAUAUCGUGUGCAUUGUCACAAAUAGUUACAUUUUAGUGCCGAGAACACAUUGCAUGUGCUUAUAGAAUGAGUAAACGCAUGGUUGGAUCAUUUCCUGCUAGUGCUGUUCUUUGUGUUCAUUUGCUUUAUAUAAUAUUUACCUCAAAGUUUUGUAUCAAAAAUGGUUGAUUUCUGAAGCGCUAUUUUUGUCUUUAAAUAGCAAUAUAAGGGCUUUCUGAUUCAAAGAGUGAAUUUAGGAAACUGCUGAAAUAAAUUUACUGUAUAACAAAAAUAAAGACGGGAUUGAGUUGGAAAUAUGUUUAUCCAAGAAUGGAUUUAUUUUCAUCCAGCUUCAAAACAUCUUAAUAUUUUGAUUUUGGUGCAACCAUGUCAUUUUAUUAGAAUUAGAAUUAAGACGUGAUCCUCAUUUUUAUUGAGGAUUCUCCUAAAAUUUAAGUUAUUUAAUAAUAUAAUUAAAAUGUUACAUUGUUAUUAGUAAGAUGUCAUGUGGUGCAACUCCCCAAAAACUUAAUUAUAAUUUAGUUUUAUAAAAGAUUUUAUAAAAUAUUAUUUUCUUCUCUUUACCGUGAACACUCUUAUGUCAUUGACUCAUUAUUGGAUCAGACCCAAAAUCAGUCGGGCUUUACAGAUUGUGCACACUGUAUUCUCUAUGAACCAAUGUAUCACAUUAUAUGACCCUUUUAAUAUAAAAUAAUAUUUCAUUUAUUCAAUGCUUUUAUUUUUAAUGCACUUACUGUACAUAAUGUGGUUGAAUGUGUCUGUGGAAUGCAAGACAAUGCUAUUUAUUUUACUAAUAAUCAAAUAGGUUUAGAAUACAAAUAUGCGUUUUAUGCAUUUAUCAAACAUGUGAAUGACACUAAUCAUUGUUAAAGAAUAUAUUUCAAUGUAAAGAGAAAAGAGAACUGGCACAAUGAUGACAUCUUUAGCAUUUAUCUACUUUACAAGAAACGAAGGGCAAAGCUGUUCUGUUAAGCACAAACGUUUCCAUCUGCCACAAAUUCUCUCAGAAAGAGAAACAAGACUGUUGAAGGUUGAGUUGGCCAUAUAUUGUGUCAUGCACUGCCAGAUUUAACUGGCAAAUGAAAGAAUGCCAUUUUAAAUAGCUGAAUUCUUUAUGAUACUCGCACUAUUUCAGUUUAUAUUUUACAUAAACCUGUACCAGCAUCUUGGGUUAAGCCUAAUAAUGGUGCAUUCAUUUGUUUUACUAUGUUUUAUAAGAAUUUUCUUUUUCUAUCUUUUUUACUGUUCCACUCAAGUUUUACACUUUUAGUCUCUUAAUCUUUCUUUAUAGCAGCAGCUGUUCAGUAUAUAUUUUUCUAGUUUUUGGGCAAGCAUUUUCUAUCAAAUUAUAUCAGCCUUUGGUUUCUAGUGUCAAAAAUUGCAUAUUUUCCAUUAGCAUACAAGCUGGCAUGUAUUGCUUGAAUUAAAGCGACAGUACACCCAAAAUUGAAAACUCUGUCAUCAUGAAGAGAUAUUAUAAACACACACAACACGCCACGCCACACCACACACGCACGCACCCACGCACACACACAAACACGCACACACAUGUUCAAAAGUUUGGGGUCAGUUAGAAUUUUUUCUGAAAUAAAUUAACAUUUUUAUUCAGCACGGAUGCAUUAAAUUGAUCAAAAGGGACAAUAAAGACAUUUAUAAUGUUAUAACAAAUUUCUAUAUCAAAUUAAUGCUGUUCUCAUUAUCCUGAGAAAAAAAAGAUAAGAAAUAUUUCUUGAACAGCAAAUCAGCCAAUUAGAAUAACUUCUGAAGAAUCAUGUGACACAGAAUACAGGAGUAGUGAUGCUUUAAUAUCACGGGAAUAAAUUACAUUUUAAAAUACGGUAUAUUAAAAUAUAAAAUUUAUAUUUUCAAUUGUAGUAAUAUCUAUAAUAUUUUACUGUAUUUUUAAUCAAAUAAAUUCAGUUUUGUCAAGAGUUUUCUUUAAAAAUCUUACUGACCCCAAAUGUUUAAUAUUUAUUAAAAAUGCAGUUGAAUUAAUCUCCAUAAAUACAACUGAUUAAGAGAAAUAAGUUAAAGGUGCACGAAUCAUUAACAAAACUACUGUGACCUGCAUCAAAUCACUGUGAGUUACUUGGAUAGAAACACCUGAAAAUGUCAAAACACAAAACAAAUGUUUCAUUAUAUCAGAAUAUUUUGUGCACUAUAUGUCUAAGUAGUACAUUUAUGCAACAUAUUAUUAGCACACUUGCUUACUAUACCCAUUUCAGGGGAAUUCGGAUGACAAAAGGGAAAUAAACUAAAUAUGUUGUACUGUUGAGCUAGCCAAUCGCUGAAGCAAUAAAAUCACCCCAGGACAAGUACAAAUUCUCUGUGUUUAGUCUCUCUGUAAUGUUUAUUUCAAUAGAGGUGCUUUAUGGCAGUAUAUUCACUGCAUUUCUUUUGUUUCAAAUAUUCAAGACCAAAAAUAGCUCUAAAUUAUCACUAUAGUUUAAAGACUGAAUUGUAUUUAUUUCAUGAUCAGAAAAACCAACAAUUGCUUUGUAUUUCCAUCAUCAUUGCUGUUUAUACUGCUAUUACUGCUUUUAUUAAAUAAAAGCCCUACAAUGUUGCAAGUUGCAGAGAUGUGUUCACACUAUUACACAAUAAAUAAAAUGAUGCACAAAACAA